CCUGCCUCUUGCCUCCCCCCACGUGAAGAAGGCGGGGCGGGAAGCGGCUGGCGAUUUCCUCAAAUCCCCUUCCUUUCUAGCAACCCCGUUCGCUGUCCUUAAUCCUUCUCUCCAAGAAGCGCACUUUGCGUUGGGAGCCCUUUCCCCUCCGCCCGGGCGCGCCUCUGUCCCCCUCGGCCGAGCAGGGCAGGCGCUGGUCGGCGUCGCUCGUCUGCGAGGCUCUGCCGGGAGAGGCUUCCCGGAACGGCUCCGGGGCACGAGAAGGCGCAAAGGCGUCUUCCUCCGCGGCUGGCUGAACCUGGCCCGGGCGCACCGCGGCUCGCUCUUCCGACCUUCUGAAAAGGGGGAGAUCGGCCGUGGAGAUUCCUCUGCGAGGAGACGGAGGGAGCCAAGAGGAAAAGGACCUGGUAGCCUCUCUGAUUAGGACAGUGUUAGCCUUGAGGCAGAAAUUGGCACAGGACGAAGGAGUUCCUUCAGCCCUGUUGGAGGCUUUUGUAAGAUGGAGGGGGACGUCUCAUCUGGCCCUGAAGCAGGAAGAGGCCCUGAUGUCAUCGCGACUGGGAGCAGUGGGGGAUUCUGGGAAAGAACCAUGCAGAAGGCCCUGGGUGAGGAGGAUGCCCUCAGCUCAUAUGCGCAGUGCCAGCAGUUCAGGCAUCUUGGCUACCAGGAGGCCGAGGACCCCCGAGAGGUUUGCAACAAACUCCACCAUCUCUGCCGUCAGUGGCUGAAGCCAGAGCAACACACAAAGGCUGAGAUGCUGGACCUGGUGAUCCUGGAGCAGUUCCUGGCUCUCCUUCCGCUGGAGAUGGAGAGCUGGAUCAGAGAAUGUGGAGCGGAGACCACUUCCCAGGCGGUGGCCCUGGCUGAAGGUUUCCUCCUGAGCCAGGCAAAGAAACAGGAAGAGCAGCAGGGAGAGGACCUCUUUGCAGAAACCAGCUCCGAUAUCCUUCAAGCCAAGAACACUCCAUUGGACACCAGACGGAGGCCGCUGGGUGAUGGAAGGACGCCGGCAAGAUCUCCUCCGCUGUCUCUUCUUUCUGGCAGAGAGGAGGGAGCUGCUGUGGAAGCAGAUCAGAAAGGGGCGAAUUGGAAACCGAGAACAUGGGAGACAAUAACAAAAUCCACAGAGUAGAGAAGUCAUACAAAUAUUUAGAGAGUGGAGAGAGCUCCAUUCAGAGAUCCUAUCAAAGAAUUGGCAGUGGGGUGAACCCAUAUAAAUGCAUAGAAUGUGGAAAG